AUGUCCGCCACCGUAUCCUCCGCCCCGUCACAGUCACAAACACCCAAUGCCUCCACAAGCCGCCCAAGACCACGACGGCCUCGUAGAAACCCUGCAGAUAGACCGCCACCCACCGAAGGUCAAGGAGACCCUCAGCAGCUUCCAUCGAACAGCGGACGUGGCGGUCGGGCACAACCAGCACGGGAUGCUCUGCUGGCGAUGAGGCCAGCGUCCAUUGCGCCGCCUCGUCAGACGCAAUCUCAACCCCAAUCGGCGGAGCCUUCAAGUGCGGAUGUCUCGGCAGCCGAAAGCCCUAGACCAAGUCGAGGUGGCAGAAGACGUGGAGGUCGUGGCCCAAGGCCGGACGGUGAACCCCCACGCUCAGAUGACGCAAGACCCCAGCAGCGAGGACAUGCAGGCCAAAACGUGAACACCUCGAGGACUUUCCAGGGACGUCAAUUCGGAGGCCAGCUUACUGUAGACAGCUCGGAAGCCGGCGGGAUAAGUGGGCUUUCCACGGCUGCAGCGUCGCAGUUAUCGGGUGAAGCUCCUGAGUUUCAACCUGGCCAGUCUCACCAGCGGACGACUCCCAGACCACCGAGAGAGCGUCUACCGCAGCCGCGCAAGCGCAGAGCAUCAAAGUCCACAGCACCGGACAUCCCAACCCGCAUUCACGAAGAUAUCGACAACCUGCAGUACGAAUGUGCCAUCUGCACGAACGAGGUUACGCGCAAUUCCAAGGCAUGGUCUUGCCGGACAUGCUGGACGGUAUUCCACCUUCACUGUAUCAAGAAGUGGGCUACAAACGAAGGUUCAGCUAUGGCACAACAGCAGGCGCCAAACGGGGAGAUGCCACCUCCAAGACAGUGGCGUUGUCCCGGCUGCAACCUGCCGAAGGACUCUAUACCCAUCUCUGCGAACGACCAUGUCACGAAGGUCUCUGCGGAGCUUGUGAAGUUCGGAUACCUGCUCGCUGCUACUGCGGGCAAGUUGAGAAAGACAUCCUCUGCUGCGACCGUAAUGAUGAGAAGGAGAGCAAGCGGGCUCAUCUGA